AUGGGCAAAUUACAUUGUGCCAUUGCGGCCCUUGUGCUGGGUGCGCCAGUCGCCAUCUCAACAUCGGUACAUGCCCGCCUCCCGACCAAUGCCAUUGUGCAACGAGCGGCAAACGACACGCCCGUCGCCAGCGGCAUUUUGCCUGGUUCCUACAUUGUCGAGUUUGCAAAUGACAGCGAGACACCGGAAAGCUUCUACGCCUCUCUUGCGGCAGUCGGGGUGGAAGUCGAGCCUCGCAAGGACCUCAGCUUCCGAUUCUUCAACGGUGUCUCAUUCCAGCUCAAGAACCUGAGCUCAAGCGCCGGCUCAGAUUCCAACGGUGGGGACUUGAUGCAUCGGAUGAAGGGCCUGCCACAAGUAGAGAACAUAUGGCCAAUCCGCAUCACGACCCGUUCGCCCGAAAAGAGUGUUGCCCUACCUGCUCAGCCGCAACGCAUCAAGCGGCAGGAGGCAUCCCACGAUACUUUUUCCACCCAUGUCAUGACCCAGGUUGACAAGCUGCACGCAGAGGGUUUGACAGGCAAAGGCUUCCUCAUCUCAAUUGUUGACAGCGGCGUCGACUACACACAUGUCGCCCUGGGCGGCUGUUUUGGAAAAGGCUGUUUGGUCGAAGUUGGGUACGAUUUCGUAGGCGACAACUACACCCCUGGCAAAAACGAGCCAGUGCCAGACGACGAUCCCAUGGACAACUGCGUCGGACAUGGCACGCACGUUGCCGGCACUAUCGCCGCUCAGCUCAAGGGCAACGAAUAUGGCUUUACUGGCUCUGCCCCUGGUGUAAGGCUGGGAGCAUACCGAAUGUGGGGAUGUUCAGCUACGUCGAUAAACGAGAUCGAGGUCCUCGCAUUCGCCCGUGCCGUGGAAGAUGGAGCCAACAUCAUCUCCUACUCCAACGGCGAUGCCUCGGGCUGGGCACAAGAUGUACGUGCCGUCAUCAUUUCGCGCAUUGUCGAUUCCGGUAUCCCUGUUGUGGUGUCUGCAGGCAACGAUGGUGGGCAGGGUAUAUUUUACGGCUCCACGCCAGCAACGGGCUUCAGCGCCACAGGCACGGGAGCGGUAUCCAAUACAAAAACCCCCUCAUUUCUCGAGCGAGGGUCCUACAAGACGAACGCCAAUGCUACUGGCAACAGUACGCACGAUUUUGGCUUCUUGAGGGGUGUGCCAGAACUCGCCGCCGGUGCGACACUCCAGCUUUGGUCUGCUGCCAAUGCCGACGACGCCUGCAAACCGCUGCCCGAUGAUACACCAGAUCUGAGCCAACGCAUCGUCCUUUUGAAAUUCAAGGAUGCUCGCGCGACGCAAUGUUACCCGCAAGACCAGGGUGCUAAUAUCGCUGCAAAGGGCGGGCGCUUCAUGGCGUACUAUGAGCACUCCAACCUGACGAUGCGCGACGAGCCAUUUGUAUACGCUGAUGGCAUUCAGGGCGUCAUCAGGGUCGCCCCGUAUGCUGCCGAAGAGUGGCUUUCCCUUCUUUCACAAGGUGCUACCGUCUCCUUAACUAUCCCGUCCAACGGAUCCCAGAUAUACCUCGAGGAUCUUGAGAAUAAUGAGAGUGGUGGGUACGUCGCAGAUAGUCUGACAAGCUGGGGCCCGACCUGGGAGCUCAGCAUGAAUCCAGAGGUUGUAUCGCCCGGAGAGAAUAUUCUGAGCACAUUUCCAACUGCCCUGGGUAGCUAUCGUGUCAUGACUGGCACCAGUAUGUCAGCUCCUCUAGUCGCAGGCGUUUACGCACUGCUCGGUGAGGUAUACGGCAAGCUGGAACCGAAGCGCCUUCGCAGACUCUUGAUGCACACCUCAAAGCCACUUGCCUGGUACCAUGACAACACUGUCCAUCCCGACAUCCUUGCUCCUGUCCCACAACAAGGCGCUGGGCUUGUACAAGCCUGGGAUGCUGCACACACUACUCUCGAGAUCGACAUCGACAGCAUAGCACUCAACGAUACGGAGCACUUCGUAGGCACUCACACCUUCAGCGUCAUCAACACCGGCACUACAGACGAGGUUCUCGAGUUGAGCCAUCGCAAAGCUGUCACAAUAAACACAAUGGAUCCAAAGGGCUUCUUCUUCCGCCCAGGCUUGAUUUCCAACUCCAUCGUAAACGCAUGGGCCACUGUUUCCUUCUCAUCCGACCGCAUCACUGUUCCCGCUGGCCAGUCCGUCAAGGUGACCGUCGACAUCACGCCACCUGGAGGCGUCAACGCGACUUUGCUGCCCGUCUACAGUGGCUUCAUCGCCAUCGGCAACAAACUUCACCUCCCGUACCUCGGCGUCGUAGGCAGCAUGCGCAAGGCCACUGUUUUCCCGCCUGAAACCGCCUACCUCGCAGAAGGAUACGCAUCGGCACCUGCAAAUGCCUCUUACACUAUCCCACGCCCUGAUCCCCAGAAUCCGCCCUGGACCGACCGAGGUGACUACUACAACUCGCCCAACGUGUACAUGUUUCCUUCAGUUGGCUCGCCUUUGCUACGUGUAGACGUGCUGCAAGGCAACAAGACACUCGGACCGUUGGCUGGAUUCCCGCUAACGUACAUCUCGAGGAGGGAGACACGUGCGUACUUCAACGGGCUGUUGGCCGACGGGACAGUCCUAGAAGAAGGAACGUACCGUAUGAAAGUUAUGGCACUGCAUAUUUUUGGUAAUGAGGAUAAUGUGGAGGAUUGGGAUAUCGUUGAGACGAGCAGUUUUACGUUCAAGUACUCAACCUGA